GUGGUCCUGAUGAUUAUGCAAUACAAAGAAGUUGAUUAUACCGUACUCGACGCACGUGCAACUCGCAGGGUGAGUUUGGGCAACUAGUACCUACCGGGAAGUCUCUAAUUUCUGCGACGCCACUUGUUAACAUGCUAGCUAUUCAUAUUACACUACCAAUGCGUAAAGAAUAAAUAGUCGUGCAGGAUGGAGGUGGAGAAAUGCAAUUUGUAUAUAUUUAAAGUGAAAGUCUGGUACGGUUGAUUUACGAUCGACAGUAAUUCUCGAGAAAGUCCUUCACACGACCACGACGUUGUUUCAGAGUACAGCGAUUUCCAGCAGAUCGCUAGCGGAAGAAAAUAAGACCUUCGACGCCAAGUUUCUGCGCAUGCUGCAGCGGGAAAUCAAGCGGCUGACCGAUUACGUCGAGAUCGCGGGGCAGCAUCUGAGCAGGUACAACUGUGGUCCUGGACAGGAUGAAGAAAACAUCAAGGACACAAGAACAAUAAUUGCAGGCCCUUCUCGUAGUUGUACUUCUGUCGAAGUCGAUCCGGAGGAGGAAAAUCUCCUGGCCAUGAUUGGGGAGCCAUUGCUGCUGCAGCAGAAAGCCAUUGUGACAAGAAGCUCCUGCACAGCGCCAUCAACCCCAACUAAAGAACAAACAGGUGCUGGCUCUGGAGAAAGUAAGGAUGCCAGUUGUACAACAGCAGAUAGUAAAAACAAGGAGCGCAUAAGCAUAUUAACACCACGAACAGAUCUUUCAUCGGGCACGACUAGAAGCGAUUUUCUUGACGCCGGCCAAGAGCAACGGCAGGGAGAAGAAACAAAAACGUCAAGUCCUAAAUUGAUGUCCGGCGGACAACAAGAAAGGAAGGACGCAAUCUUCGAAUACUUCCGAUUCCUACAACGGAAGCUGCUUGAAGAAGAUGACAACUCCGACAUCAAGGAAAAGGACGUGGGCGAGCAACUCCAGGGCCGCGCGAGAAAAAAUGCGAAAAAUCUGAUUUUUCACAGCGACCGGCUGUGCGAGCGGCUUUCCAACCUGACGCCGCGAGGCUGGGCCCAGUUUUUCGACAUUCCGGGUCUGCAGGUCGGGGGAGGUGCCGCCACCGCGGGUUUGGGAACUGCUGCUGCGACUCCCCGCACGGACGAGUCUUCCACCUACGCCGGGUCGUUGUACUAUGGGUCAUCGUCCUUAUCUUCGUACAGGAACAACUACAGCGGCACGCCCGGUGCAGCAGCGACCGCGGCGGACGAAGCAGGAAGAACUUUUGGAGGAACAAGAACAGGUGGCGCAGCCGCAGCUACGGGAGCAUUGUCGUGCUCCCAGGAAGAUGAGAUGCGGAUGCUGCAGGGCGUUUUCUCGAAGGGGUUUCUGCAAGCCUGCGGGAACCACUUGAAGCUGUUUUGCGAUUCUGGAUCAUUGGGCUCGCCUGAAGAUGGCGACGAAUCAACUACCAGUGUGGACGAAGAGGACGACACAAGUUCCUCGACGGAGAACGAAGACGCUCAGCGAGCAGGUGGAAAACUACUACAUCAAAUUCCUAGAAGUCCUCGUAGGAGCCGACUACACCAGAAAGGACUACGUACUAGCAGAAGAAAAAGUAAAAGACCCCUCAUCUCCCCGCGGCUGCUCGACCACUACCGGAUGGUGGAUUUGAAGUUCACCACAACUACAAGCUCAUCAUCAGGCGGCCCAAGACAGAACCCACCUGAAGAGCAGGAGCGUUUAUGCUCGCUCAUUUCCUAUCGCCACUUCACCGAUUUGAUGGACAGAGACCUUGUUGUAGAAGCUGGUCCUGGAACUACCAAAUCGAGGGCAGCAGACGCGGAUGGCGAUGAAGGGGAAGAGCCUGAGAAGUGUGUCGGAAGAAGAAACCGCGAGAUGGACGAGGCAGUUUCAGUUUCUCCUGCACUAUUGCACUUGCCAAGCAACCUCACACAGGAUUUCCGGGGAUGUGACUUCCUGUUUCAGCCCCUUCUAGCAGGGACGGGCACCGAAAACUUGAAUUACGUGCACCGGCUGCAGCGCAUUUUGCAGCAGGGGGCAAGAACCAGUGGUACCUCGACAGCUAGUACAACUUCCUCGUUGGAUCAUAGUAGCAGCGGAAACAAGACGGGGGCCGCAAAAAAAGCCACGACGAGGGCAGUUCCACGAAGAGGUGGUGGUGGACAAUUUAUUCGAGACACCGAAGAACAUUUUCACUUGGAUGAUGUCCGUUCUGAACGUCAAGAUCGUCAGUGCGACACCUCGACGAGUCUUGACACGAUAGGAGCUGCACGAGAUCAACAAGAGUUGCUCCAGUUCGCGUUUUUGAAGUGGUUCUGCAAUGCAGACUUGCGUCAUUUACUGACCAGUCUGAAGUUCAAGAAGAAGCACCUGACGCUGCAAAAACACGUGGUUGACCAGUUGGAAAGAGAUCUUCAUACGAGUAGCAACAAGAACGACCACGCGAACACCUACAAUGAGCAGAUGUUUACCGCGGGCGGGGUCGCCGGGGGUUUAUUCGACUUUGCGACCUCCAUGAUGUUCGGCGGGGCAGAAGCUUCAGUCCCAGCCGAAGAUGCAGCAUCACUGGCGGGACCUCCACGGGGAGUGAACAAUAAUGUUCAAGAACAGCCGGCUUCUUCGAGUAAAGAUUGUAGUUCCAGCUCCGCUUCAUCCUCCCUAGUAAAUCAAGAGCCGCCAACAUCAUCCGGCAGUGAGUUGGAGGACGCCUCUCCGCCGCCGCCAACCCUGCCGGUCCGCUCUCUGGAAGAGCUGGAGCAGCACGGACUGUUUCCUCCGCAGCAGAACAUGCUGAGCAGCGCACACGACCACGCUACGGUGGCAAUGGAUGUGGAUCUCAAUCUCCCCCUGUUCAGCGACGAAUCUCCUCGUGCAGGUCGUGCGAGAAAUGUUGAUGACACGACUUUUGGCGAAGAGUUGUUUUUCCAACCAAGUACAAGAACUCGGCAGGCGCAAAUUGAAGAUAUGAUCGGCACAAGCACUCUUAUCGGUAAAAACACUAACAACUCGACCGCCACGGGCGCAUCCAAGAAGACCACCACGACAACCAACGCCGCGACGAGGACUAGACUAGCGACGUCCUUGUUUGAUGACUUUGAUGAUGAGGACGUGACGGAAGCAAAUCAUGCGGAUCAUCAUCAUCUUCUGUACAGCUCGGGGUCGGGUCCACCUCUUCCCGGCGCAACCAAAACGAGCGUGGUAAAAAAAGAUUUUCUCGCAGACAAUAGCGAAAUUUUGUGGCGAGAAUUUGGGUUGCGAGCGCAAGACUACCAGAGGAGCGGUGGUUUAGUAUCAACAUCUUCGGAAGGAACUGCUGGCGCUUGUAAUGCAAUUCCUAUUCUGAAGUCCGUCGACGAAAUUAUAGCGGAGGCCGAGGAGGAGGAGGAGUUGCUCAUGACAAGCAGUUCUGCAGACGACAUGACUAUGGGCACCUCCGGCAAUAUAGUUCCCCUCGGAUUUACCAAACUGCAGACUACUAUGGAUGUGUCAGGUUUGAAAUCGUUAAAGUUGAAAUAGUUUGUCAUGCAUAAAACGGAUACCAGUUAGACCUACAGUUUGUAGUCGGUGCAUGGCAAAUUUCCCCGGUCCUGGAAGCGAGUCUGUCAUGCGGUUUAGGGCAAAAGAGCUGCCUUCUGUCAUGCUAGAUGGCAGUCCAACUUUUGACCCUUACCAGGACUAUAAUCUGCCUCCCUUGGGUCCUCUGCAAUAGAGUCACUUUUUGUAUCGCAUUUUAUGCAUUACAAAUUAUUUCAACUUUGUUAAUUUCGAUUCUGACACUUCCAUAACUACUCGCUCGAGCCCGUUGCUGUGGGAAAACCGGUUUUUUCGCCCCUGGGUGCACAAGUUUCUCGCCGACGGCGAGCAUGUGGCGCUGAAGAUCGAGAAAUACAACGGAAAAUAUGCGCACUUGAGCAAAUCCACCUCAACAAAUCUUGCACCAGGGCGGUCCGCGGCGACCUCGUCGGGGGACGCGAUAUUGAACAACUGUGGCUCGUCUCCUCCUGUGGUAAAAAAACGCGACUUGCCCUUGCUCCUUCAGGCUUUUUUGCUUUUGUUCAACGACGAUGUUCUUCUUCCCGGUGGAGCCGGAGCCCCCUCCGUAGUGGGCGAAGCAGGAGCUGCGAACAGCUUUACGCUACUCCUGCUCAGAGUAAUCCGCGUAGCGCCCUCCGAAGUGUUGCCACAUCUGUAUCUGCUUGUCUUCCUUUUGCGGUGUAUUCCGGUAGAGUUUCUGGCAGAGGAACCCCCGCUCAUCGACAACUUUUCGGGAGGAGGUGCAGCUAUGACAGCACGAGGUGGACCAGCAUCGAAUUGGAAAUUUCUCGCUGCUUUGAAGCAGCAGGCCGUGUUGUCAGCCGUGUUCCAGCGACUGGAAUUGGUUCUCAAGUUUGCCGUCAGCGCAGACCAUUUCCAGAACGUAGCUGAUGGUGAUGAAGAAGAGGAAUCCGAAUCUACUUCCGCAUGCAUGAAAAAGAUGAAUGUCACCACGACUUUUUCCCGCUUCCAGCACUGUCUCCCGACUCUGCUGGCCCUGGCCUACGAUGGUUUUUUCUUGUCAACAGCACAAGCAGGACGUCGAGAAAGCUGCACGACGACCAGCACGGCAGCGGUAGUUUUGGCGAAGGAGCAGCAGAGGCUGGUGAAGGAGGAGUGGAAAACCCUACUACAGAAGAACAAACCCGGAACAUCCAUUACACAUAAUCGGCACUACAGCUUCGGCACCAGCGAUCACGAUCUGGGGUUUCAGGAUCCGUUGCUGCUCUUGAAAUUAGCACCAAAUGCAUUCUUCGCAAAUAGUGCUGGAUCUGAGGUUGACAAAAAUUCUGUGGACCGCACGCCGGGCGCCGCGAGCUUCCUCGCCCCAGAGGAAAAGAUUGUGCAGACAAACUAUUCCAGCUCCAUCACCUUCGUCAAAGAAGAAUCCUCGUCCGCAAAUCUUCAAAGUGACUGGGUCGGCAUGUCGGACCAGCAGACCGAAACCAGCACCGUUCAGGUGGUCACGCAGGAGCAGGCGACUUAUGCAUUGCACAAGUAGCGUACUAGUAUAAAAAAUCGCUUUCCGAAUUUCGUUCCCAAGAGAAAAAUGAAAAUCAUGCAAUUUGUAUGAUACUAGAACGCUUUAUAGAAUAGGGAAUAGGAAGAGAUAGGGAGAGUAGGGAGAUAGGGAGAGUCCCCCUAAAAGGGGGCAGCAAAAACAAAACCAAACUGAUCGCAAACAGCAUGGCACGGCCACGACAACAUCUUUCGAAAUCUGGGGUGGAAAUGCUUCCGAGUACCCCCCUCCUCGGCGGCUCCUCCCGGGGUCGGGGAGGCGCGGAACCUUCCCUGAGGGGAUUUAUCCUCUUGCGGGCCCGUAAGGCUCAGGUCUUGCUCGUCAGCUGGCGAAGGCGGAAAGGUAAAGUGGCCAUUUCAAAUUUCCUUCGAUGAGGGAAAGUUGAAGUGGCCAUUUCAAAUUUUCCUCGAUGGGGAAAGUUGAAAUGGGCAACUCGAUUUUCCUUCGAUGAGGGAAAGUUGAAGUGGCCACUUCAAAUUUCCUUCGAUGAUUCAACGGGCGCGCGGUGCUCGUUCGCCUUCGAAUCGAUGCAACGCGCGCGCGUGCAUGAAUGCGCGCGCGAAAUUUUUUUUGGUUCUACGGCUUACCAAAACGGAGCAUACCAUCGCGAUUCAAGGGGAAUUAGGUUUACCACGGCUCUCCCUAUUGACCUAUUCUCCCUAUUCCGCUCUCCCUAUUCCGCUCUCCCUAUUCCCUCGAUUCACAACAGUCAUAUAUAUGAUACUGAUACUGUUGCAUUGCUGAAGUUGAAGAUUCAAUUAUCAUCCCUUAGGACGCCACAUAUCUGUGAUGCGUGACUUCGAUGAGUACGACGAGAACAAGUGCGAUACUUUUGCAUUGGAUGCACCCCCAGGUGGUACAGCUGGUGCUGUUCCGACAAUUAUGGGAAGUGGCAUUAAUGGCGGCGGUGGGGGUGGCUCAGCCUCAGACCAAGGCCGUUUUUCCACCUGGGACGAAAAAGUGGUAGACCUCCACACAAACCCCGACUUGGUGAAAUUUCGCACACCGGGGGUUUUGGUCACUGAAAUUGUGCUGUGGAAGCUGUACCAGUUGGAUGCGAUGGAGCAGAGCGCAAAGAGGAAAGGAAUGAAGAGCGAACUUGCAAAUAAAGAGGCUGCGCGAAGUCCUCUGGAUGAUUCGCAAGGCAGCAUGACAACUGCCACGAUGUUGCCGACAAACCAAAACACCUCGUCCCUGAUUCGCGACGCGAUUAUUUGGUUGAAUCUCCUACCGUAUCAAAUGUAAAAAUGUCUGGGUCUGGAAGAAUGCAUGUUUGUCAUGCUUUUCUGGCAUGACUCUUAAAUCUGUCAUGCACGUUGCCCAAGAGCCGCACUUUUCUGUCAUGCGGAGACGCAGUUUGUCAUGCAGAAUAGGCAACACCUACAAGCUCAGAAAUUUGUCAUGCUGAGCCAGCACUUGUGGCCUCCUCAUGCUACGCCACUCAGCAUCACAAGUUUCCAGACCCAGACAUUUUUGCAUUUGAUAUACCGAAGUCGGAGAAAAUCGCCCGGGCGGGGCUCUCCUUCGCGCUGUUUGAGCAGGUAUCAAAUGCAAAUAUGUCUGGGUCCGGAAACUUGUAAUGCUAAAAGUGAAUGAAAGACGCACUGCAAUACGCAGAUAUGCAUGACAAAUUUUUUGGCUGCCAUGUAUUUUCGUCAUGGCAAACUGCGUUUUUGCAUGACAGGUAGGAGGGCCUUUUCGUGCGUACGCAACACAGAUUCUCGAAUCAUGCCUGACAAGCAUGACAAACUUGCAGUCUUCCAGACCUAGACAUAUUUGCAAUUCAUAGGAGGUUUGGAUGCAGGACGUCGCAUCUUGGGUGCAGAUGGUAGUACUUGAUAAGACAAAUUCUACUUCUUCCAGUAAAACUACAACCGCGACGGAAAAAAAUCGGCGGGGAAUGACCAUCAAGGGCAACAACUACACCAAUAGGACAACUAGGCAGGAGUUUCAAAUGAAAAAGUCCAACUUGCAGACGGCAAUCGCAUUGCUGAGCGAAAGCCUGAGCGUCGUUGACGUAGUUUUACCCUCACCAACGACUAGCAACGCCGGCGCUGCUGCGUCCUCCUCUACUUCGGCCACGACCGCAUCCUCGAGUUUCGCUUCGAACCUCUUCUCGGUCGAGCCCUCGACUUGUACCUCAAAGUCGACUAGCGGCAGAUUAUUUCAACAGAAUGUGACAGUGCCGACACAGCAGAAUCUUCAGGGUGGUCCUCGUGGUUCCCCGACAACACCGAUUCAGCAGCAGCAAAGACUGAACGCAAAUAGCUCAGCCACUUCGACCUCGAACAGAAACGAGGAUAUGGAACAAACUACCCCGAUGUCCACCGCAAAGAUAAAGAACCGCUACCAGCAGCACGGCGGGAGUAUGUCGUCCACUCCUGGGCGAGAAAAUAAAACCAACAGACACGGCAAGAACUACCUGUCCUCUUCGGGGAAAAAGCCGCUGCCGUACGGCGGAAAGAACAUCGACGCAGCGCUGUUUUUCGAACAAGACCCCCAGGGAGGUGGGUCAUCGGACCUUGCUGGUGUACAAGCUGCGCAUCCUGAUAGAGAUGAACAAGCUGGUGACCACAGGGACGCAUUUCCCCCGCCCCAUAUGAAUCUGGAGGCGGGGUACUGCGAAUUUCUCGGCAUCAACAGUGCACAGACAUCGAGCUGCACGACAGGGGAGAUGAAUAUUAAAGUGGAGGGUGUUGACCAGAGCGGGAAGGCCGCAAGUCCGGACGUUUAUUUCCACACUCUUAUGGCGCAACAGCUCUUCUACCCGCCACUGCGGUACUUACAGGAGGCGACGAUGCGGCAAAGCUUGCACCGCUACAUUUUGAUGUCCACCUCCUCGUCGCCCGGCGGAUCAGCGCAGGCAGAGGAACUGAUGAUAUGAACUGCAAAAGUAUCGCACUCGUAUAAAUGCAUUACAAAUUUCCUCAGCGUCAGAAAUAGAAUUUGUGCUGCGGGUUUGCCUUAAGAAAAAGACUUGUAAUGCAAGACUUGCAUUUAUACGAAUACGAUACUUUAAAUUUUGCACAGGAUAGAUGAAGGUCAAUAACAACGUGAACUUUACUGGUCGUGACCACGACAACGAAAAUCACGAUCAAGAUCGAAAGCGGAGUAGGUGGAAAAGAUAUGCUCGUGGCAGUAGAUCAAUCGCCUCUUCUUCGUCCCUAGCGGCAUUUGACUCCUCUGUUUUCACACCACUGGUGCAGCAACAAACGAAUCAUGUUGCGAGUUCUGCAGGUGCUGGUAGUGGUGCCGAUCACAAUAUGAGAAUGCACAAGUCCUUCUUUAUUUCUUUUCCCGCAUAAUUUCUUGAUGGAAGACACAGACAGUGACAGUAGGAGCAGCUGCAACGGGAGGAGCGUCAGAAAAACUGCAUCCGUUACCCUCUGGAUUUAUGAAUUUGUAUUUUUGUAGUACUCCUGUUUGAGUCUCUUCUGGGCUGCUGGAACCAGUGCCAAAAGGCAACCCAACAGCUGGAGUAGUCUACCUUUUUGCAUUACGAGUGUUAAGCGGGGACCGCGGGGAGUUCUUGUGCAAUCUGAUACACGACCAACAGUCGCAAGCCGUACUCAGCAACGGUCUGUUGUGUCCAUUUGUGCUCUAUCAAGUGUAAAAAUGUCUGGGUCUGGAACAGUCACGCUAUUUUUGCAUGACACAGGAGGUCUGGUAUGGAAGCGCUAGCAUUACAGGUUUGGAGAAGCUUCCGCAAUGCCGAAUCCGCAUGACAAAUCCCCCACUUUGGUGGCAUAAAGUGGGCAGCUUUUGCAACCCAUGCAUGAGAGAUCUUUUUGUGUUCUGAAAUGCACAUCACAAGUUUGUAUUCUUCCAGACCCAGACUCAGACAUUUUUACAUCUGAUAUGCUCAACCUGCAGAAGAACGUGUCGCAGGUGAACCAAAUCAGCUUUCUAUCCUGAGUAAAAACGUCCCCACACCAGAGUUGCCAUGCAAAUGUGCAAUGACAGGAACGUUUGUAAUGCGCAGCUCCAUGAGAAGCAUUUCCAGUCGUGUUUUGGAAUCUGUAAUGCUGUAAACAGGAUGCGAAAUUGGCUUUCUCAUGCGGCUUCUCUUGCCAAUCAGCACUACACUGCAGAGGGAAACUUGUCAUGCACAGUGCCCAAAACUUGGAGAUUUGUGUUGCUAGAUUACCAACUUGACUAUGGGGUGGGGAUGUUUUUACUCAGGAUACUCUCUGUACCUGCUCAAACUGCACGCCAAGAUCUUCGCGGCGCAACACAGCCUGGAGCUGUUGAAGCGCGGGUUAAAAGUGGUGCUGCUGCUGGUGGAGCAUCAGAUGACUGUCGACGCGGAUCUUGUUCAUCAUUCGGAUGUUGAGGCGCUAGAAGUAACUCCAUCUCCAUCUCCGACCAACGCAGAACUGAUUCUCGGUCUCCGACAAACGGCGUCGAGAACGCGGAAUAGAGAAGAAGCCGGACGAGCCGUGUCUUCUCCUGCUCUGUCGGUGCGCGAUUUGCUCCUAUUUCCCGCAGAAAAUCGAUCGCAAGAUUACAACUUACAACACGUCAACAUGAUGAAAGAGGAGCAAGAGGAGCGUCGGCUGAGCUUUCUGAUGGAUAGACUGAUUACCAGCAGCACCACCAUUUCCAUCCAACAAGCGCAGGUGAGCCUCAACUUGGGUCUGCAAAUCGCGGAAGAAUGGGGCGUGUCCACCCCGUUUCAGAAGAGGUGCCUAGAAUACUACUUGCAGAAUCUACUGGAUGACGACUUGGAGGAAUUUGUGAAGCACCCGAUGGUGAAACAGAAACUGCUGUCCGGCGACGAGCAACAUCUGCAUCUCACAGCUUUCAUCGAGCAACAACUGUCGGACUCGCUCGACCAGCGCAUUGCCCUCGCGCUGACGCUGUUGUGCCGGGACAGCGCUGAGAAGCACGCGAUGGUGCUGUGUCUAUUGCCGAAGCAAACUCUCUAUCCUCGAUGCAAAAGGUUUAAAAAGAUCGAUUGAGCAGGACUUCAUGAGAGAUUCAGAUAUGCUUCCGCGUUCCUCUUUACUUAGUCUUGACUAAGCCCUACUGUGUUGGACUUCGGGUUGGCCACUGGAUUGUCCUUCAUAGGCCGCCGAGAGAUUCGCUCGCCUCGCUCGAUUUUUUUUGCUUCAUCCUUCUCUUUUUGCCUUCCUUUUCCAAAAAACUAUGCAUGUAGGGAUCGCGCUUGACAAGAUGGGCGUCCGUCGCGGCGGGAUCUCCCAGGGUUUGGUUUGGGUUUCAGGAUUAGGGAUGCAAACUUAGUCUUGAUUAUGCAUGUAGACAAAAAGUUUUUAUUACAUUUUCCCUCUGAAGUAAGUACUUUGUCAUGCAGUUUCGACUACUCGUGCGACGCUUUUCCUUUUGCAAUGCAUACGCUGGACCGGUAUUUAACUCGGAAGAGCAGUUUCAAGAAUUUCGGGCAAGAUACCGUGGCCCCGAACAAGGCGUACGUAUCGCACGAAAAAUCUGUUUCUCUGUUUAAAAAUUUUGCAAGUUUUGCAUACUCAACUUGAUUUCGUUCCUCGACAUCACUUGACAGAGAAAAUUCGCUAUGCGAGGUUCCUAGUCGUGGAGAAAGACACGGCUAAGGCAAAAAAUCCAUUCCUGUCUUGCAUGUGUAGCAAGACAAACUACACUCCCGAUGUUGCACCUUCCUCGGUGUCACAAGUUUACUGUGAAGGCAGCAGUUUUUUCUCGCGAUAGUACGAAACGGCGAUGUAUUGUGGGGACAAAUCCUCCCUCUCCAUACUCAUAUACUUUUGUGAUGCGGAUUUGUGAAACCACGAGCGCCUUUGUGUUGCAUAGAGUGAGAGGAAGGAAGAGGGGAGGAGCUUAUCACAGAUCGUGAUCUGUAUUGCGAGUGAACCAAGUACCCCUACUAGGUCAGAUGCAGACGAGACGUCUGUCAUACUCAACUGCUACAAUGUCAAUGCUGUAAAGCAUCAUGCAGCUGUAGCUGAUGACGAUGAGCAUGCCUAGAUCGCCUACUAUCGCUUUUCGCCAGACGCAGACUUCUACAAACAACCUGAUUCGAUUGGUGUAAGUAGGUACACAAAUCCACCAGCAACAAAAAUCGCCUUUUGAAUGAUUAAUAUGGGGAGCAGGGAUUUUUCAUUUCGAUCCGACGCUUGUCCUGUCCAAAGCCAGCAGUUUGUUAGAGCACCCCGCCUUUUCCAGCCGAAACCUCAAGUCUCCAGGCUUGGAAAACAGCCCCAGCCUCCGGGAAUGCCGCUUCAUCUUGAGGAAGCUAAGAAGUGGGCAACUGUAGUACCAAAAUUUACAAGAAGAAGAAAAAGAAGCGCGUAGUUGCUCAUUUCAUCGUCGUUGUUCAUUUCGUCGCUGAGAAAACUGUUCGGACACUUCUAAAUUGAAAUGCAAGCACAAACCGUGUGGGCGAGGGC